GUUGGUUUCUCAAUACCUUACGGUCGAUCAGAAUGUAAUUCACUAGCUGGUCCUUCACUUGACAUUCAGAUCCGUUGUUCUAACCAUUUCGAUCCCAGCAGUGAGUCCCCCGGCAGAAACCAUGGUAAAAGGUCGCCGUCGUUGGCGACGACCAUGGGCUUUCUUCCAGUCGAUCUUCCAAUCCCUUCCCCAUUGGGGUCCUCGAGCAUCCGCAAACAAGCCUUCCGAUCCACCUCCCUCCACAAAUGCUCCUGCAAACCAUGGGUUGGGGAUAGCUCUCCCUUCGACGGUGAUUGAAAACAUGGAUGAAGCAAUGACGGCUGCAGCGGGAAUGGAUUCAUCGGUCGCGAGCGGGACACCGAGCACGGUCGCCGUACACCACACCUGUGCCGAGAACAACGCCGCUCCUGCCUGUCGGAUCGAUCAUACAUCAAGUCAGUCAACGCGAAAAGCGAUGAGCGAGGUUCAAGGUUCACUCAGCAUGGGGAGUGAGAAAGAGGUUAUCAUCCCACUACCACCUCCCUUGGAAUCAAUUCCAGCCCACGGUGGUCCUGAAGCCUCUGAAGUGUCCAGUGGUGAUGAUGAUGAUGAUGAUGAUGAUGAUGAUGAUGAUGAUGACGACGAUGACGACUUCUUUACUCCGACUGCAACAGUGGUAACAGCCGAUCCCAACAAAACGAUCGAGGUUCUGGCCGCGCUGGAUAGCCAGGCAAGAGCGAGUAUCAUGAAGAAGAGUAUCCAAGAGCAAGCAAAGCUGAUACUAGAGCCCUGCAAUCUCGUGUUACUACCCCUCGGAUCAACACUGAACAACUACAAGAUUUCUGUUCUUGGAAUUGUGCGGAAUGUUGACUGGUACUUUGCCGCAGCGGCUCGUACGUACACCACGGACUUUUAUGUAGUGGACAUUGAAGAGUUCGACGUGGUUAUUGGCCAACCGACGAUCAAACAAUAUGGAUUUCUCAGAAAGCACUCGGAUAUCCCACGACGUGUUCUUUGGCGCCUUUGA